UGGAAGAGCGGCACCACUUUUAUUUCUGCAUUCAUUUAUUCCCUGCUGCGAAAGACAGUUUGGGACAAUGGAGCCAGAGUGAAGUAGAUGGUACAUUUGUAGCUUUGACUGCAGUCUGCAGCACACAUGGAUGUGUUCAGCUUUGUCAAGAUGCCAAAGCUGUCAGGCCACAGGACCAAAUCCUCAGGCUGGCCACCCCCUUCAGGGACCUGGAGUGCGACGCAGGGACCCCCCAAUGGAUGGGACAUGGGCACUAAUAGAGAGGGGCGUGACUGCUACAUCAACCACAUCUCCCAGAGCAGCUCCCUGGAGGAGAUUCGUCUGGACGGAGACAAAUUUGUGCCACCAGCGCCCCGGAAGGUGGAGAUGAGACGAGACCCAGUGCUUGGCUUUGGUUUUGUGGCAGGCAGUGAGAAACCGGUAGUAGUACGUUCAGUCACACCAGGGGGUCCAUCAGAGGGUAAACUGAUCCCAGGAGACGAGAUCAUCAUGAUUAAUGAGGAGCCUGUCAGUUCAGCUCCGAGGGAGAGGGUUAUUGACCUUGUCAGGAGCUGCAAGGAAUCCAUUUUGUUAACUGUUGUUCAACCAUACCCAUCACCCAAAUCGGCAUUCAUCAGUGCAGCCAAAAAGGCCAAGUUAAAGACUAAUCCUGUUAAAGUCCGCUUUGCUGAAGAGGUCAUCAUCAAUGGCCAGGUUCCAGAAACUGUGAAGGACAACUCCCUUCUUUUUAUGCCAAAUGUUCUAAAGGUGUACCUGGAGAAUGGGCAAACUAAAUCGUUUAAAUUUGACAGCAACACAUCCAUUAAGGACGUCAUCCUGACCCUACAAGAAAAGCUAUCCAUUAAGAGCAUUGAGCACUUCUCUCUGAUGCUGGAGCAAAGAGCUGAUGGAUCUGCCAGCAAACUCAUGCUCUUGCAUGAGCAAGAGAUGCUCACUCAGGUGACACAGAGGCCAGGGUCACACAAGAUGAAGUGCUUUUUUCGCGUCACUUUUGUCCCAAAGGAUCCCCUGGACCUACUCAGGAGAGACGCGGUAGCAUUUGAGUACCUCUAUGUUCAGAGCUGUAAUGAUGUGGUAUUGGAGAGGUUUGGGUCAGAGCUCAAAUAUGACACAGCCCUGCGUCUGGCCACCCUGCAAAUGUAUAUUCUAACCAUCAAUACCAAGCAGUCCCAGAAAGUUUCCCUGAAGUAUAUAGAAAAGGAGUGGGGUUUGGCAUUGUUUCUGCCUCCUGCAGUGCUGUCGAGCAUGAAAGAGAAGAACAUCAAAAAAGCCCUCACUCACAUCCUCAAAACCAAUCAGAACCUGGUGCCCCCUGGUAAAAAGCUGACUGCCUUACAAGCAAAGGUUCAUUAUCUGAAGUAUCUCAGUGACCUGAGGCUGUAUGGAGGACGUGUGUUUAAAUCCACAUUAAUUCAAGGCGAGAAGCAUACAGAAGUGACAUUGCUGGUGGGGCCCAGAUAUGGAAUCAGUCAUGUGAUUAACACCAAAACGAACCUGGUGGCACUUCUGGCUGAUUUCAGUCAUGUUAACCGCAUUGAGAUGUAUACAGAAGAUGAGAACAGGGUUAGAGUGGAACUACAUGUCCUGGAUGUAAAGCCUAUCACUCUCCUAAUGGAGUCUGUUGAUGCGAUGAAUCUGGCUUGUUUGACUGCUGGGUACUACAGAUUACUGGUGGACUCCCGACGCUCCAUCUUCAACGUGGCCAAAAAUACAGACAGUAUGGAAACAAGCCAUGCAGUGAGAACAAAGCAGAACUAUCAGGCCAUCGAGUGUACAUACAGCACGCCUCAUAAAGGGUAUGAGGACAGAAAUAACCAGAGGUUCAGCCAAGAUUAUUCUGACCAGGAGUGUGAAUAUGUCAACCACAGGAGAUGUGAGGGCCAACUGGUAUACACAACUGAGAUACACCAGCCUCAGCACUCAAUGCUCAUGGCAGAAAGAGCAGAGUGCUGCAGAAUCCCUUGCUCCCAAACUUAUCUUAACAUCCCCAGGCCCAAAUCCCAAGACUCCUCCAGGAGUGCAAAGGUCUCGUUUAUAUUCGGAGAUCCUCCCUUAGACUGUGUAAACCCCCAAAAUUUGGGCUACCAAAGACUGAUGGAUGAAAGCCCAGAGAUUCUGGACAAUCACAGCCCCAUGUACAGGCGUCUCGAGGAGGAUUAUAAGAUGAUGGAUGCCAUAGAAGAUGAGGAUGGGUAUCACUAUACCACCAAAAUCUUUGGUCCUACUGAGUGCAUUGAGGAGCCACUGCUACACGAUAUCUGCUACGCAGACACAACUGAUGAUGCUGAGGAUGAGGAUGACAUCAGCUGUGAGGAGGACAUGAUGAUGAGUGACAUUGACAAGCCUAUGUUACUAUCUCUCUCAGGGUCCACGGAUGACAUCAUUGACUUGACCUCCCUCCCUCCUCCACCAGAGGGUAAUGAUGAGGAGGGCAAUGAUGUACUGCUGCACUCUCUUAACCUGGCCAUUGCUGCUCCUCCUCCUGGCUUUAGGGACAGCUCUGAUGAGGAGGAGCAGCAGGGGGGAGCUGGGACUCGAGCCCAGGGAGCUGGCAAUGACAUCCCAGUGUCUCUCAUAGAUUCAGUGCCCACCCAUAGAGCGGAGGGCAACGCAGAGCCCCUGGACAAUGCAGUGGUGUCCACCUUACAGGCACUUGAGGCCCUCGCUGCAUCAGAAGAACAGAGGCCAGCACAGUCGGAGAGUAGCACAGGUGUAGAAAUAUCACGAGCAUUUAGUCCUGAGUCCUCAGAUUCUGGCAACGAGACAAACUCCUCUGAGAUGACAGAAAGCUCUGAGCUGGCCAGCGCUCAACGACACUUAGAGAGCCACCUGAGGAUGCAUGUAGCCACUGCAGAAGGAUACCACGCCAUGAAUGAUGAAAAGGCCAAUGUGUCUGCACAGAGUGAUGGUAGAGCAGGAGCUCUGCAGUACAAUCCACAGGAGCAUCAGGACGACGAGGUGAAAUCAUCUGCUGUUGCUUCCUCUCAGAUAUUUCACUCAGAUGGAGGCGAGAUGGAGCCAGAGACAAUGGAAAUAAAAUCCGUCAGUGAAUACUUCACUAAGAUGCACAUGGGCUCAGUAAUGAGCAGACAGAGAGGAAAACAGAGGGAGGCAGACAGCAGAAUGCAGGGAGAUACCUGUGAAUCCUCUGACAAAUUGCACAUGACUUCUCAAGACUCAGCUAAAGAGGAGCCCCCUCAUCUUGUUGGGAAGUAUAAUGCUUUCACUGUGAGAGAUUCUUAUUACAUGAAUCAACUCGAUCUAGGGAGGAUUCACUUAAAAGACAUGCAUCAAGCAAUGCAGCAGAAAGCAACUGUAAACAAAAUGGCAGAGAGCCUCUCUCCAGAAUGUGUGAAUGAGUCACAGGCUCCCUUCACAGACAGGUUGAUAAUCAAGGGAGAGAAACAGGACUCAGAUCAAAGAAGCCAAAAGAUAAAUGCCCAUCUCCGCUCCCCAUCCCAAGGGCCCAUCUCUGCACAGGGAGAUGCCACAAGACAGGAUAAUGAGCAGCAGCAAAUUAAGAUUCCAGCGUCAGAGCAAGACACCACACGGUUAUAUGAAUACCAUGUGAGCAAGCGUAUGUCAUUGAUACAGAAUGAGGGUAUGCAUUCUCUCCAAAGCUCGCAGUGUUCUUCUAUAGAUGCUGGCUGCAGCACAGGCAGCAGCAGCUGUGCCACUCCGAUGGAUUCUCCCCUUUGUGCCACGGACAAUAUGCAUAUACUGUCAGAGUCCUCCAUCAAGGGGAUUAGUUAUGUAGCUGCUGAGGAGAGGGCUUAUGGGCCUCCAAGCCAGGGGAAGGUUGGCCAUCCCAUGGAUCCCACCCUGCUGAGGAAGAUCCACGCAGCUACCAGUGCUGAGCCUGGGUUCACAAUUGCACGGGAUGGCAGUCACCGGAUGCCCAAGAUAAAAGAAACCACAGCUUGCACACAGCUGAAGAAGCCUGGGAAAGAUUCAUCUUUAGCUCUCUGUAACAAGACCACCACCAAAACCAUGUCACCACCGUCAUUACAAAGUAGCACAGAGCCCAGUCAGCUAACAAGGGCUAUCUCCGAACCCAACUCACACGCCCUGGCUAUCCCCUCAAGCGGAUCGUCAUAUAACCCAACAACAGGCAGCAUCAGGAAGCCACACAGGGUUCGGAUGCUCAGGAGGAGUUGGAGCACUAUGAUGCCAGGUUCUAGGAGCUUAGAAGCACUGAUAGAGAAGACCAAAGCCACACUUACAUGGAAGAGUGGUAGUCAGAAUUUCCAGUCUCAAGAAGCCCCCAAAGUAGAGAGAAUAUACUCUGCCAAAACCUUACCCAAAAGCUUUUCCCAGGGUUCGGUCACCUCUGAUUCACCUGGUAGAGGGCUGCAAAGAGGAGCCUCACAGCUGCUGCCAGCAUCGACAGCGCCAAGGUUGGAUGCAGGUACCUGGAGGUGCCGAGGGCCGUUCAGCCACUGCUUCCUCCGGGGGAAAAAGACAAAUACUGAUGGUGAUAGAGAAAGCAGAAACAUGCCCCCUGAUGCUCUGUGUUCUCUCAGCACAGUGUCUAUCUGCUGUGAGGACAAAACAAAGCAGAAAGCAGGCCAUAAAGCUGAGCAGAGUAAUAAGGCUACUCCUGUGAAUGAUGUGAGCCUUGCAGCAAGGCUAGCAUGUGUAAAUUCAAUGAAGGGCAAAACCUAUAGUCUCCACACAGGGUUCGCACUUGCACAGAAGGAUGCCUUAGAGAUGGUCAGUGUGUUGCGUUCCAGCAUAGGCCACUUGUCCAGAAUGGAUAAGCAUGAGGUCCAUGACGCUGAUAUGGAAACAUGCUCCCAGCUGCUUAUCAUGCAGGCCAAAGUGCUGAGCAGCUCCUGCAGUCAGAUGCCCCAGGAGUACAGCAGCCCAGAGGAGUUACUACUCACUCUGACACACAGCUUUCACACAGUCUGCUGUCUAACGCAAGCCUGCAUGUCACUGGUGGAAGGCCUGAGCACAGAGAGGGACCGGUGCGAGGUGGUGGCCAAGGUAGAUGAAAUUGUCAUGAACUAUGUGUCUCUAUUGAAAGCUGCAGAGACAGCUUCUGGAAGUUCCCCCAGUGGCCAAAGUGUGAAUGCAUUGACACAUCACUCUGCCACUAUGUCUGCUAUUAUUACCGCACUAAUUAACUCACUGGAAACACUGCUCAACAAAUAA